UUAAUUCAUUAUUGUUUCAGUUUACCUAUACUAUUACCUAAAUUAUUUUCUGCAGUUUUAAUUUUUGUGUCGUACCUAUCAUAACAUACCUCGGUAAACAUUCUCAGUGUCGAUAUUCGUUUUAAUUCGAUUGGAUUAAGUUACAAAAUGAUGAAACUCGUGAUGUCUGUGAUCGUGGUGAUUUGCAUAAUACUAUUAAUAGUGGCAAAAGUCGAUUCUACAACGAAAACUGCGACGCCCUCGAUACAUAGCAGCCGCGUGGUAUCAACCGCAGAAGAUUUGAUCAGUUCUUGCGUCGUGGUCGAAGAAGGGGUUCCUGUGUGCCAAGAUGAGGAUGAGGAUGAUACGCGUCUUGUUUUUAGGUCAGCGACGCGUACGCCGUACCUGAAGGACAACUACUGGUCCGACAGAGAUUGGGACCGGAAGUCUGCUACGGAGAGUGGUAGUCGUCCCUUAGGCUGGUGGUGGCGCUUCGUCGGAGAACUCAGGCGGAAUCUCGGGAAAAAAACAUCGGCGGCGGCGACGACCGCGCUUCGAAGCGACGCGUCCCAGCUACCGGAAACAAUCGUCACGUACUCGAUUAAGGGUUGCAGCCCCACGAUAGUGCCGUUCGAUUUGUCGCCUUGCAGCAACUUAUCGCCGGAUGUGCCGCAGCCUGUCAGCACCACUCGGGUAAUCUACUACGUGCCACCGUUGUCCCGGAUCGACAGAUACAGCCCAUCCGAUUUUGACCAAUGAAUGAUGUGUGCCAGUCGGCAGUCGCAUAAUAUAAUAAUUGCCUAAUAAUAUUUAAACUACUAUCAUCAAAUAUGCUAUAUAGUACCACAUAUUCUCACUAUAUGCAGUGUUGAUAGGUAAGCUAUUAUUUGAUAACACACAAAUAUUAUAUUAUUUUGUUGUGAACAUAAUAUACAAUAUUGAUGUCAUUUAUAAUA